AUGAGCCCUGCACUCGUGUCCAGACGGGCACGGACAUUCCACCCGCCCGCGACGCGCGAGUCGUUCAAGGACUUGCUCAUCUUCGAGGAGCGGCUCAAGCAGAAUGCCGAACGGCUGCAGAAGCAGCGGCGCAAGUACGAGGCCUUCCUGUUCUCGCUCGUGGGCGUCAUCGUGUACUUGGGAUACGGGGUCUUCGUCUUGCCGUCCAUCUAUUCGCUCGUUCACUACAGCAACAUCGCCAUGCUCCUCGUCGCCGUAACGACGCUCAUCUUGUUUUUCGCGACCGGCAUGUACAGCGAGAAGAUCGCUUACGCGCACAAGUUCGUCCCGCAAGCGAACCGGGCCUUGCGACCCUUCAACAUUUACCUCAAUACACGGCACCGCUCCCGCUUCUCCCUUUUCCGCCUAUUCGGAUCCUCCGCCAUCCCCGCCCUGUCACGGACACCAUCAGGACGCUCUCUCACACCGACAUCUGAACUCUCGUCUCCACCCCUCUCUCGACGAACAUCAGCUUCCUCCGCCGCCUCGUCGACCGACACGAUCCGGUCAACCGGCGCAUUCCGCUCUCCGCCUCCCUCUCCUCCACUCGCAGCAAACGCAUCUCCACCUCCAUCGCCCUCUCGGCGUACUCUUGCCCUUCCCGAAACGAUCGACGACGGACCCGUCACUCGCGCGCCGCCCUCCCCUCCACCCAGCUCUUCCCCUCGAAGCGGCGUUCCGAUCCCCCCGAUACCCCCAGCACAGAACCCCCGCGGCGAACUCAUCUUCUCGUCGCGCGUCAACCCGCAGUUUAGGGAAGGCUAUGAGCGGUAUAGGGCGGAGUGGGAGCGACGGCGUGCGGAGGCGAAGAGGGUGCAGCGUGAGGGGCAGGGAAAGGCGGGGUGGAUGAGAUGGAUGAUGCCCUGGCGGAGACGAGGUGCGCGUCCAGCUGCGCAGGCGGAAUCUGCGAAGGAGAAGACUGUCGAGGAAAAGAGGGAGGGAGCAGGAAAAGGCGUGCCGAACCUGCCCAAGUUCGAACAAGGCGGGGAUGGCGACAGCUUUGGCGGCUCGUUCCCUCCGACUCGGUCGUCCUCGCCUGACCCGCACGGCGAACACACCUCGACCGUCCUCUCAUCCACCUCGACUCCUGCCUCUUCCCUCUCUCGCUCGUCCUCGCCGUCUCGACUCGCUGCAGAAGGCGGUCGCUGGAGUCCCGUUCGCAUACGGGCCGAGAGCUUCUCGGAACUCUUAACGCACUCGCUUGACGAGGAGGGCGAAGGCGCGGAGGGGCGAACGCAGUUCACGAGGGGUCCGGGUCUGGAGCGCAGCGGGUCUAUGAGGGCGUCGGGAGACUGA